AUGAAUUCUCUCAAGAUCCCCGACAAUGGGGUGCAGCUCAAGGGCUCGUCUGCCGAAGACACACACCCUUUGACGCAGCAAGCCUUCACCAUCUCCCUGAGCGACAAUGUAAUCGAGGGCAUGAUCAAAUGCGUUCAGAAUGGCGGCGAUAUCUCGCUUGCUCUCGGGAGCGACCCAACCUUCCAUUACGACUCAACAUCCCACCGCAUACCUUCUCCUGCCGUCGCAGAAGAUGAACCGUACGACCUCUACCUCACACAGCCGUACAACUCCCUUCGAGAGGGCACACGGAUACCAAGCAUGCCUCUUUUCAUGAACCCCAAAUUGAACCGAAUUCCGGGUGUCAAGAAAGCCCCUUCUGCCGCCAAACCCAAGGCAAAGACGUCUUCCGCCUCGAGUCGCGACUCUGAUCUUGGGAGGUUGCAGAAUGAUUUGAGGGCGGCGGAAGCUUCCAAGGAAGGAACCCGAAUCCUUUCCAAGCCGCUGAUCAAUGGCAAGAACGGCAAGCUCUCGGCAGUUGUUAAGGAUAGCGCUUCACGAUCGCUCUCGACUUCACCAGCACUGAAACCAGUUUCCUCGCCGAUGCUCAACCCGGCUAAAGAAGCACGAGCAGCUCUGGUUCACGAGCUUGCCAUCCAUGACCGCACGUAUGAUGAGCUGAAAGGCAAGUGGGAUGGAAAGCCAGAAGACCUUCGAAACGCCCUCGAGAAGAUUGCCGAUCAAGACAAGGACAACAAGCAGCUUUGGAAGAUGCGAGCCAAGGGUUUCAAAGAGCUUGAUGUGUGGAACUAUGACUACAGCGACGCGGAUCGGGAAACAGCCAUCAACAAUGCUAUCAAGCAGUACGAUAAGCUCCGCCUGUCGGCGUCAGACCCCGAGUGGGAGCGUCUCAAUCGUCCCGAAGACCGUGGCAAGGGCAUUUUCCUCAGCAAGCUUCAGGCCAACAUCGCUCGAGGAGCGCCCAAGAUCAAGGUUCAGAAAGCGGAAGAGAGCUCUGCAUCGUCGAGGGACGACGGCGAUGGUAGCAGCGAGAAGUCCAGGAGCAGCGACACCAAGAAGAAGAUCAGCAGCUCCGAGGCCCAAGUCAAGAGGCUGCUGAAUGGCAAGUGUAAACCUUCUACUCCUGUCCCAAAGACUACCAAGCCUUCGCCCACCAAAGCAAAGGCGGCGUCGACCACAAAACCGAGCAACACGAAAGCCAACAAAGGGCGUGGACCCCUUUCUGCGGAGUACAUUGGUGACUCGGACUCUUCAGGUGGUCGAAGCCCGGCUCCCGCCAAAGCCAAGCCCACUUCGCAGGCCGCCAGGGACAAGGCCAACGCUAAUGAGAAGCCAGUUGGAAAAGUCGAAAAAGUUUGGCGCGGGGAGAAAGCGAAGGAAAAAGAGAGAAUGGAAAAGGAAAAAGCCGAGAAAGAGCGAACCGAAAAGGAAAAGGCUGAAGCGAGACGCCCAGCUACAAAGACUGCCCCGGCACCUCGCCCGCUCCCAAAGCCCAUGGCGAAACGCCCGAGACCCGAGGAAGACGAAGACUCUAGUUCAAGCUCCGGCACACCACUUUCCAAACGGAUCAAGUCGAAACCGUUGCCAGCCCAACAACUGAACCGUCCUGCUGAGACGCUGUACAACAAGAGCAAGACGAGAUCACCUAGUAAGUCGUCACCAUUGGGGUCCUCGCCUCCCACCAACGCCUCAGACAUUUCGGAUCAUAGCAGUGAGCCGCAUCCGAGAAAGCGCAAGGCGGAGGAUGAACGGUCCGCUCCCAACUCCAAACGCCAGACUCUGGAGCUCAGCGACUCAGUCAUGAGCCAGGCACAGGACUUCAAAAAGUUCUACAGCGCGUAUGAGGCUCUCCACUACGAGGUGGUGGCAUUGGUCGACCCCCCCAAGGAAAAGUUGGACAGUCUGAUCGACAUGCGGGAACGCUUGACCCAGAUGAAGAAGAAGAUCUAUCGGCAGUGCAAUGUUUGA